UUUCCGGUGACGUCACCGCGUCUCAAUAUCCAUAAUGGGUCUGCAGCUGUCUGGAGAGCAACAAUAACAAGAGAAGCUCAGCGAUAAAACGAGUUAUUGUCUCGUCUCUGACACCUUUGCUAGCCCCAACUUUACAUCAUUCUGUCACCAACACCCUCGGUGAAUUAACUCUGGCCUCCGCUUCCUCCGACUCGGAAACCGGCGGAGCGUCGCCGCUACCGCGAAAGAAAUACCGAGCUUCGGUGGCGGAGGGAGCAGGGGGGCUUGGGGCUGCAAUUGGGUCAGCGGCCCUGUCUACAGUUGUGGGGAUUUUAACUUUUCCCAAUUCACCCGUUGCUCCUAUCAUUCGAUUCAAUCCGCACAGUGUAGCCCACAUCAACAUUAAUAACAUGCAAGCCAACGGGGCAGGGCAGGGUCAAGAUUCGGAGCUGUCCUGCCUAAACAACAGUGCGCAAAACGGAGAGUCGUCCUCCGCCGGGGAAGCUCACACUAACGUUAAUGGACUAUCCACAACAAACAAUGGGAACUCUGUCAGUAACAACGACGGUAUCCCAGCCCCAGCAGCAUCCAACAACACCGUGUCUUCGGAUGCAAACUCCGUGAAAAAGAAGAAACGUCUUUCUCAGUCAGAGGAAGAUGUCAUUAGACUUAUAGGGCAACAUUUACACGAUUUAGGACUUAAUCAGACAGUGGACCUGUUGAUGCAGGAGUCUGGCUGCAGACUGGAGCAUCCCUCUGCCACGAAGUUCCGCAACCAUGUGGUGGAAGGAGAGUGGGACAAGGCUGAAAGUGACCUGAAUGAGCUAAAAGCAUUGAUGCAUUCUCCAAGUGCUAUUGUGCGGAUGAAGUUCCUGCUCCUGCAGCAGAAGUACCUGGAGUGUCUGGAGGAUGCCAAGGUCCUGGAGGCGCUGCAGGUCCUGAGAGCUGAGCUCACUCCCCUCAAGUACAACACAGAGCGCAUCCACAUCCUGAGCGGGUACCUGAUGUGCAGCCAUGCAGAGGACCUGAGAGCAAAGGCAGAGUGGGAGGGCAAAGGCACUGCCUCCCGCACUAAACUCCUGGACAAGUUACAAACGUACCUGCCUCCCUCUGUGAUGCUGCCUCCGCGCCGGCUGCAGACCCUGCUGAGGCAGGCUGUGGAGCUGCAGAGAGAGCGUUGCCUCUACCACAACACCAAACUGGACAGUGGCCUGGACUCUGUGUCCCUCCUCUUGGACCACGCCUGCAGCCGGAAACAGUUUCCUUGCUACACCCAGCAGAUCCUCACCGAACACUGCAAUGAAGUGUGGUUCUGCAAGUUCUCCAAUGACGGCACCAAACUGGCCACGGGAUCCAAAGACACCACAGUCAUCGUGUGGCAUGUCAACACAGAGAGUCACCAGUUGAAGCUGAUAAAGACUCUAGAGGGCCACGCCUACGGUGUCUCAUACCUGGCCUGGAGCCCUGAUGACACUUACUUGAUUGCCUGUGGCCCCGAUGACUGCUCAGAGCUGUGGCUGUGGAACGUACAGACGGGUGAGUUGCGGACAAAAAUGAGCCAAUCACACGAGGACAGUCUGACCAGUGUGGCUUGGAAUCCAGACGGCAAACGCUUUGUCACCGGAGGCCAGAGGGGCCAAUUCUACCAGUGUGAUCUGGAUGGUAACCUGCUGGACUCGUGGGAAGGAGUAAGGGUUCAAUGCCUGUGGUGCCUGGGUGACGCUCGGACCGUCCUAGCAUCAGACACACACCAGCGUAUCCGUGGUUACAACUUUGAGGACCUUACGGACAGAAACAUAGUCCAGGAGGACCAUCCAAUCAUGUCUUUCACAGUUUCAAAGAACGGGAGGUUAGCUCUGCUGAAUGUGGCUACUCAGGGUGUGCACCUGUGGGACCUACAUGACCGGGUGCUGGUGAGGAAGUAUCAGGGUGUGACACAGGGCUUCUACACCAUCCACUCCUGCUUUGGAGGACACAACGAAGACUUCAUCGCCAGUGGGAGUGAGGAUCACAAAGUGUACAUCUGGCACAGGCGCAGUGAGCUGCCCAUCGCAGAGUUGACAGGUCAUUCACGUACAGUGAACUGUGUGAGCUGGAAUCCUGUAGUGCCCGGUCUCCUGGCCAGCGCCUCAGACGACGGCACUGUCCGAAUCUGGGGGCCCGCCCCUUUCCUUGAUGUCCAGGACGCUGAGGGGCUAAACGAAUGUUGUAGCAUGGACAGCUGAUGGUGACCUUGGAGCAGAAGACACUACUUCUCGAAUCCAGGAGAAAAACACUAAACUCUAACGAAUGAAGCAGAGAAACUAUUGCGUUUUGACAGCUGCUUUCUGAAGGUUUGGCUCUGGGGCUGUGCUCCAGUGGCAGGUGAUAACGUCACACACACGGAGAUUUCAGACAAAUCACUUAAAUUAACUGAUUACCAAGCAGGCACCUUGACUGACCUCCCACCUCUUCUUACCUGUGUGGCUCACAGUGUCUGAUGUCUGUUGCCCCUCCUGUGUUCAGCCAGGCCCCAUCCUCUUUCGUCUUGGAGCUAACCCCAGGUCUGCCACCUUUCACCUGCCUCGUCGAGAGUUUAUUAUUUAUUAUUGAUAGUAUUAUUUAUUGUCAUGAUUAGUACGUUGAUAUAUGAAGAGAGGGCUGUAGUGGUGGAGAGUGGUAUGGGUAUAUACAGUGCUGUGAAAAAGUAUUUGCCCCUUUUUAAUUCUCUACUUUUGCAUAUUUUUGAUACUAAAUGUUAUCAGAUCUUCAACCAAAACCGAAUAUUAGAUAAAGGGAACCUGAGUGAACAAAUAACACAACAAUGACACACUUAUUUCAUAAACAAAGUUAUGUAACACCCAAUUCCCCUGUGUGAAAAAGUAAUUGCACCCUUACACUCAGUAACUGGUUGUGCCAUCUUUAGCUACAAUGACUCGAACCAAACGCUUCCUGUAGUUGUUGAUCAGUCUCUCAUGUCGCUGUGGAGGAAUUUUGGCCCACUCUUCCAUGCAGAACUGCUUUAACGCAGCGACAUUGUAGGUUUUCCAGCAUGAACUGCAUGUAUCAAGUCCUGCCACAACAUCUCAAUUGGGAUUAGGUCUGGACUUUGACUAGGCCAUUCCAAAACUUAAAAUGUGUUGCUUUUUAGCCAUUUUCAUGUAGACUUGAUUGUGUGUUUUGGAUCAUGUCUUGCUGCAUGACUCGGCUGCGUUUCAGCUUCAGCUCACGGACGGAUAGCCUGACAUUCUCCUGUAGAAUUCUCUGAUACAGAGCAGAAUUCAUGUUUUGUUCUAUUAAGGCAAGUCACCCAGAUCCUGAGGCAGCAAAGCAUCCCCAAACUAUCACACUACCACCAUCAUACUUAAGGUUUUUAUUGUGGAAUGCAGUGUUUGGUUUUUGCCAGGCGUAAUGGUACACAUCUCAUUAUAAAAGUUAUACUUUUGAAUCAUCUGUCCAUAGAACAUUCUUCCAAGAGUCUUAAUGGAAGUGCAUGUGCAUUUUGGCAAACUUGAGUCUUUGUGAAUAAGGGUCCCAUUAUGUCUAACGAAAACAAAACACUGCAUUCCACAGUAAAAAACUCAUAGCAACGGUCAAGCAUGGUGCUGGUAGUGGGAUUGUUUGGGGAUGCUUUGCUGCCUUAGGAGCUGGACGACUUGCCUUAAUAGAAGGAACCAUGAAUUCUGCUCUGUAUCAGAUAAUUCUACAGGAGAAUAUCAGGCCAUCAGUCUGUGAGCUGAAGCGCAGCUGAGGGGUGGUGACCUGUCAACUCUGCGAUGGGCUGGGUCAUGCAGCAAGACAAUGAUCCAAAACACCCAAUUAAGUCUACAUGAAAAUGGUUCAAAAGUAACAAAUGUUAUGUUUUGGAAUGGAUUAGUCAAAGUCCAGACCUAAUCCCAAUUGAGAUGUUGUGGCAGGACUUGACAAAAGCAGUUCAUGCUUGAAAAUCCCAAAAUAUCGCUAAAGCAGUUCUGCAUGCAAGAGUGGGUGAAAAUUCCUCCACAGCGAUGUGAGACACUGAUCAACAACUAGAGGAAGCAUUUGGUUGCAGUCAUUGCAGCUAAAGUUGGCACAACCAGUUAUGGAGUGUAAGGGGGGGCAAUUAGUUUUUCACACAGGGUAAUAGGGUGUUGCAUAACUUUGUUAAUAUUUUUUUUAUAAAUUCGGGUUCCCUUUAUCUAAUAUUUGGUUUUGAUUGAAGAUCUGAUAACAUUCAGUAUCAAAAAUAUGCCAAAAUCAGGAAGGGGGCAAAUACUUUUCACGGCACUGUAUAUCUAUGAUGUUCUUCCAACAGGAAAGUGAUUUUUAUUGGUUUAUUUAUUGCCUCUAAUAAACCUCUCAACGUAUAAGAGAUUGGGGUUUUCACACACUGAAAAUAAUGACGUAUUUUAUUUCACCUCAAACUUUUAGCUAUUUUUAAAUGACAGGACUUACAGGCAUUUUAACUGAAUCGGAUAUAAAAGUGAAUCUUGGAGAUGCUUGUAUAGUUAUGAUGAUUACGUUUGUUUAGUGUUUUUUAACACAGUUAAAUACCCUUUUAAAUUGGAUGUAGCUUUGUUUCCCCAAAGGAUGGGAUGGUGAGAUUGAUGUGCAUGUUGCUUAGGCCUCACUGCUGCCAGAAGAAACCAUUUUGACCACCUGUGGUUCAGCUAAAUAGCAUUUGAUUAUAUGGUGGCUAUGCUCUUACUCUUCAGAGUCCAUGCUAGACCUAGUGAAGCACGUGCUGAGGCUAACUUUCUAAUGGGAAUGUUUAGGAGGUUAUAAACUGAGCAAAAAAAGAAACGUCUCACUGUUAACUGCGCUUAUUUUCAGCAAACUUAACAUGUGUAAAUAUAUGUAUGAACAUAACAAGAUUCAACAACUGAGACAUAAACUGAACAAGUUCCACAGACAUGUGACUAACAGAAAUGGAAUAAUGUGUCCCUGAUCAAAGGGGGGGUCAAAAGUAGCAGUCAGUAUCUGGUGUGGCUAGCAGCUGCAUUAAGUACUACAGUCCAUCUCCUCAUGGACUGCACCAGAUUUGCCAGUUCUUGCUGUGAGAUGGUACCCCACUCUUCCACCAAGGCACCUGCAAGUUCCCGGACAUUUCUGGGGAGAAUGGCCCUAGCCCUCACCCUCCGAUCCAACAGGUCCCAGACGUGCUCAAUGGGAUUGAGAUCCGGCCUCUUCACUGGCCAUGGCAAACACUGACAUUCCUGUCUUGCAGGAAAUCACGCACAGAACGAGCAGUAUGGCAUUGACAUGCUGGAGGGUCAUGUCAGGAUGAGCCUGCAGGAAGGGUACCACAUGAGGGAGGAGGAUGUCUUCCCUAUAACGCACAGCGUUGAUUGCCUGCAAUGACAACAAGCUCAGUCCGAUGAUGCUGUGACACACCGCCCCAGACCAUGACGGACCCUCCACCUCCAAAUCGAUCCCACUCCAGAGUACAGGCCUCAGUGUAACACUCAUUCCUUCGACGAUAAAUGCGAGUCCGACCAUCACACCUGGUGAGACAAAACAGCGAAUCGUCAGUGAAGAGCACUUUUUGCCAGUCCAGCGUCGGUGGGUUUGUGCCCAUAGGUGAUGUUGUUGCCGGUGAUGUAAGGCAGGUCCUCACCAGACAACAGGCCUACAAGCCCUCAGUCCAGCCUCUCUCAGCCUAUUGCGGACAGUCUGAGCACUGAUAGAGGGAUUGUGCAUAGAGGGAUUGUGCAUUUCUGGUGUAACUCGGGCAGUUGUUGUUGCCAUCCUGUUCCUGUCCCGCAGGUGUGAUGUUCGGAUGUACCGACCCUGUGCAGGUGUUGUUACACGUGGUCUGCCACUGCGAGGACGAUCAACUGUCCGACCUGCCUCCCUGUAGUGCUGACUUAGGCAUCUCACAGUACGGACAUUGCAAUUCAUUGCUCUGCCCACAUCUGGAGUCCUCAUGCCUCCUUGCAGCAUGCCUAAGGCACGUUCACGCAGAUAAGCUUGGGCAUCUUUCUUUUGGUGUUUUUCAGAGUCAGUGGAAAGGCCUCUUUAGUGUCCUAACUGUGACCUUAAUUGCCUACUGUCAGUGUCUUAAUGACUGUUCCACAGGUGCAUGUUCAUUAAUUGUUUAUGGUUCAUUGAACAAGCAUGGGAAACAGUGUUUAAACCCUUUACAAUGAAGAUGUGUGAAGUUAUUUUGAUUUUUACGAAUUCUCUUUGAAAGACCGGGUCCUGAAAAAGGGACGUUUCUUUUUUUGCUGAGUUUAGUUGUGGAGUGGUUAGGUGGUGAAGGAAUUGCUUAAACUUGCUGUUUGAACUGGGUUGUAUCACCCUUAACAUCAACGGGGUUAACUGGGUUUUCCUUGACUUUGAUCUCAUUUAUGUGUCCUCCAUUUCCCUCUCCUAUCCCUCACCUUUAUCGCUUACAUUUUUGGUGUAACCACUUUUUUUCUCUAGCUGUGGUGAAAUUAGCAUUUAUUUGCUGCUUUGUUUUUCCUUUUCCUGAUUUAUGUAUUCAAUACAGGCUGACAUAAGCAAGUUUUUUCAAAGACAUUUUAUCUGUUUAUGGCUUUUGUUUUUUUCUCAUUUCCCCUGUACUAUCAUUGGCCUCUUCAACCAUGUAUUUUUCCACGUACAAAUUGUUCCUGUUGGACAGUCAAGCAAAAUAAGCUUUUCUGAUGUGCUAUAUAUCUGUAUAUGUUAAUGGGAUGUAUAAUGAGAGUGUAAGAACAGCGUAUAGGCUAAGCAUUUUUCUGUGACACAGAUCUCCCCUGCAUCAGGCGAGCGCCUGCCCACAGGUCAUUACAGCCACCACCAGCUUGUUCUAUUACAGAAGACCGAUAGAUAUAAAAAUAUGUAUACACACCUCAGUACAGAUCAAACAAUCACAGAUGUGUUCUAGGUUCAGUUUAUGCAAGUUGUUCUUGAGACAUACCUUAUUUCCUUGCUGUAAACGCUUGGCGAGGUGAGAAGCCAUUAUUAGAUUUGUUAGCAGCUAGGUUCGGAAGAAUCCGUUUUGCAUUUAAGUGAUUGUAC